GAAGCAGAGAAGCAGAGUGGGAGGAGGAAGAGGAGGGGGAGGAGGCUGAAGAGGAGGAGGAGGAGGAGGAGAGAGGGCACGGGAGGCGGUUGCUGCUGCUGGGCAGAGGAGCCGUGUAGGAGCUGCGGCUGCACUCGGACGCCACAUUCCCUCCUGACGGGACUGGCGGUGAGGAUGAGCGAGAGCUGAGCCCGCUGUCGCCGCCCGAUCUGGGAAGUGUCUGGUCCUCCUCCUCCUCCUCCUCCUCCCCUGUUGUGGGUGAACCUGCGCUACGGGCUCCUCAUCGACAAGGGAGGGGGCUGGUUUGUUUGUGUGUCUGUUUAAGGAAAAGAGAGAGAGAGACCUUCCAUCCAUUGAAGCACAGUUCACUAUGAUCGUACUCGCACUCAGCACUGGAAGCCGGUUGGAUUUCGUGUCUCAAUCCAGGGUGUUUUUCUUGCAAACCUGCCUUUGGAUUUUAUGUACUACAGUGUGCAAAGCGGAGCAGUAUUUCAAUGUGGAGGUAUGGUUACAAAAGUAUGGCUACCUUCCACCAACUGACCCCAGAAUGUCGGUGUUGCGCUCUGCAGAAACCAUGCAAUCAGCUAUAGCUGCCAUGCAGCAGUUCUAUGGCAUUAAUAUGACAGGAAAAGUGGACAGGAACACGAUUGACUGGAUGAAGAAGCCUCGAUGUGGUGUGCCUGACCAAACAAGAGGCAGCUCUAAAUUUAACAUCCGUCGGAAACGAUAUGCAUUAACAGGACAGAAGUGGCAACACAAACAUAUCACUUACAGCAUUAAGAACGUCACUCCAAAAGUAGGCGAUGCUGAAACUCGUAAAGCCAUUCGCCGUGCCUUUGAUGUGUGGCAGAAUGUAACUCCUCUAACAUUUGAAGAAGUUCCUUAUAUUGAAUUAGAAAACGGCAAGAGAGAUGUGGAUAUUAUGAUAUUUUUUGCCUCUGGUUUCCAUGGAGACAGUUCUCCAUUUGAUGGAGAGGGUGGAUUCCUAGCUCACGCUUACUUUCCUGGACCAGGAAUAGGAGGGGACACUCACUUUGAUUCAGAUGAGCCGUGGACCCUGGGAAAUUCCAAUCAUGAUGGAAAUGAUCUGUUUCUAGUUGCUGUGCAUGAACUGGGACAUGCUCUGGGCUUGGAGCACUCUAAUGAUCCUACAGCAAUUAUGGCUCCUUUUUAUCAGUAUAUGGAAACUGACAACUUCAAACUACCUAAUGAUGACUUACAGGGCAUCCAAAAGAUAUAUGGUCCACCUGACAGGAUCCAGCCACCAACAAGACCUCUGCCAACAGUGCCACCUCAUCGUUCGAUCCCUCCAGCAGACCCACGGAAAAAUGACAGACAACCUAAGCCUCCCCGGCCACCCACUGGUGACAAACCUUCCUAUCCUGGGGCCAAACCUAACAUCUGUGAUGGGAACUUCAACACUUUAGCUAUUCUUCGCCGGGAAAUGUUUGUUUUCAAGGAUCAGUGGUUUUGGCGAGUCAGAAACAACAGGGUGAUGGAUGGAUACCCCAUGCAGAUUACCUACUUCUGGAGAGGGCUGCCUCCCAGCAUUGAUGCAGUUUAUGAAAACAGUGAGGGGAAUUUUGUCUUCUUUAAAGGUAACAAAUUCUGGGUUUUCAAGGACACAACUCUCCAGCCUGGGUAUCCUCAUGAUUUGAUAACACUUGGAAGCGGAAUUCCUUCCCAUGGUAUUGAUUCUGCAAUUUGGUGGGAAGAUGUUGGGAAAACCUACUUCUUCAAAGGAGACAGGUACUGGAGGUACAGUGAAGAAAUGAGAUCCAUGGACCCUGGCUAUCCCAAACCAAUCACAAUUUGGAAAGGAAUCCCAGAAUCGCCUCAGGGAGCCUUUGUCCACAAAGAAAAUGGCUUCACAUAUUUCUACAAAGGAAAAGAGUACUGGAAAUUCAACAAUCAGAUGCUCAGAGUGGAACCUGGCUAUCCCAGAUCCAUCCUCAAGGAUUUUAUGGGUUGUGAUGGACCAACAGAUCGAGACAAAGAUCGACACAGCCCUCAAGAUGACGUUGAUAUUGUUAUCAAACUGGACAACACAGCCAACACUGUGAAAGCCAUAGCUAUUGUCAUUCCCUGCAUCCUGGCCUUGUGCCUCCUUGUCUUGGUUUACACUGUGUUCCAGUUCAAAAGGAAAGGAACACCCCGCCACAUACUGUACUGCAAACGCUCUAUGCAAGAGUGGGUGUGAUGUAGGGUUUUGGUUUGUUUUUUUUUCUUUCCCUCCCAGGAGUUUGUGGUAACUUGAGAUUCAACACAAGAGCUGUUCUGCAGUUUCCUAGCUAGGAGCGGGCAUCUGUCAGUCUGAAACAAAGCUGAUCUUUAAAACCCAGGAGGUUGCCUGUCCCGCGCAUGAGUGGUGAUUCACUCAGCUGGGAAGCUUCCAUGAUACACGGUAUCUGCUGUUUCUUCAGUCCUUUGUCUUUCUUUGUCAUUCAAUUUAGGCCUUUCCUCCACACACUAAUUCCCCGAUAAACUAUCAGGAUUAAGUAAGGAAGAGGAAAAACAAAAUCUUCAAUGUUUCUACAUUUUUCCCUUAAGGCCUGUUCCCCUACGAAAAAUUUUCUGCUGAAAGUCAAUUUUUUUUUCUUUCUUUUUUUCUUUUCCUUUUUUUUUUUUCUU